GCCCCCCCGCGGGGCCGGGGCCGGGGCCGGGGGGCAGGUGAGAGGAGCCGAGGCCCAGUGCAGGUCCGGGGCGGGAGACGGACUCCGACCAAUGGAUGUGGUGAGUGAGGACAUCAUGAAGACCGGAGCCAUCCUCCUGCGGGGGUUUAUCAUGGAUCGCACGCAGAGAGGUGCCGAGGACUGCGAGGUGCUCGUCACCGUGUCCGACCUGGGGGGCCGGGCAGACGAGCUGAAUAAACCCUGCUUGAAGAGGCUGGGUGUCUGCCUGCGACAGAUCGGGGAUGAGCUGGACGGCAACGUGGAGUUGCAAAGGAUGAUCAACAGGAUUUCCACCAGCUGCCCCAAAGAGACCUUCUUCCAAGUGGCCAAGGAGCUGUUUUCCGAUGGAGUCAUCAACUGGGGACGAGUGGUCACUCUCUUCUACUUUGCCUGCAAGUUCGUCGUCAAGGCCGUGUGCCAGAAGCUCCCAGAGCUGAUCCAGACCAUAAUCACGUGGACUCUGGAAUACAUCCAAGAGAAUAUCCUCCAGUGGAUCCGGGAGCACGGUGGCUGGGAUGCUAUCCUCGGCACCCCGACCUGGCAGACUGUCAGCAUCUUCAUCCUGGGGGUCAUCACUACCCUCGUGGUGGUGCGGUGGAAGUCUUAAUGCGUGCGCGUGUGUGUGUGUGGCGGGGAGAACCUCAAGCGCACACCCCCCCCCCAACCGCAAUGGUGAGAGGCGUGAACCUUCGUCUGCCCCCCCCUCCAUCGUGACCCCUCGCAGCAGCUGAAGACGAGCUGCCAACAGCGAAUUUUUCUAAUCGAUUUACAGCCCCAAAAGCCAUCCCGAUCCCGACCCUCCGCCCCUUGUUAUUGCUGAGGGCAACGACGCCGGCACCUCGGCCUCCCACACACAACAGUGAUGGUCCCUUUACAGGACAACCAGACAACCGUCACAGAGCCGACCUCUCUGCCGCACUCCGCCUUGCAUCGGGGAGGGAGGGGUGGGUGACCACCUAUUGAUUGACCGUUUCUUCCCCCAGUACCUGCUGACGUGAGCAGGGUUCACUGUCUAACCUGCUGCCUUAUCUCACCGCUCCUCUUGUUGGUGCCAAGGGCGCGGAGUAGGAUGUCUUACUUUUAUAUACGAGUGUCUCUGUUGUGUGUGUGUGUGUUAUUUUGUGUGUUGAGAGCGCUGCAGUAAGGAGGGGGGGGUGGGGGAGGUGCGAUGGGGGAAGAUGUCUGGUGCUAUUGUGCUCUUAUUGCCUUCCCGGCUGCCCCUCACCCUCCU